ACACGCUGAUCCUCAGGCCGCGGGACUGUCACGAGUGUCAGCUUCCUGUCUGCUGCACAUGAGGACUUUAGCUACCUCUUGAGAUAGAUGUUGGACUUUGACUCAGAAAGCAUCAUAUACUCAUAAAUAGAGGAGAAGAAAGGAGGCUUUUUCACCAAACGCGCAGAGGAGCAGAAAGACAUGGAGGCCAUGUGGGUGACACUGGGAUCUGUACUACUAAUACUGCAUACUGUGACCACACAGAGCAACAUCAGAUGGUGCACUGUCUCACCAAUGGAGCAGAGGAAAUGCCAAGACAUGAAGCAGGCUUUCAUCAAGGUCUCCUUCCAGCCAUCGCUCAGCUGCAUCAGCGGCGGCACCGUCGAAGGCUGCGGCCAGAAGCUGCAGAAAAAAGAAGUUGAUGCUUUUUCCAUGUCUGCUGCAAACAUCUACGCCCUCUCCAAGAACAUGACUCUUAAGGUGGCUGCAGCAGAAUCGGACGCUGAUGCUACAGGUACAACGUACUACGCUGUGGUCGUGGUGAAGAAGGUGAACGGCGGCAUCAACAUUAACAGUCUGUCGGGGAAAAGGAGCUGUCACACCGGGAAAGGCCGAACAGCCGGCUGGAAUAUGCCUUUAGGAUACAUGAUCGAUCAGGGCAUCAUGUCCGUCAUGGGCUGCAACAUCUCACAGGGUGUGGCAGAUUUCUUCAAUGCCAGCUGUGUUCCCGGAGCAACACAACCCGGUGACCCCCCGUCUCUGUGUGAGCUAUGCAGAGGUGAUGAACAAGGAGACAAAAAAUGUCACAUGAGCAGUGAGGAGAGAUACUUCUCUUAUGAAGGAGCCUUCAGGUGUCUGCAAGAAGAUGCAGGAGAAGUGGCCUUUGUCAAGCACACAACUGUCCCGGAGAUCACUAAUGGUCAUGGUCCCUCCUGGGCACACAACCUGAAUUCAUCAGACUACGAGCUGCUGUGUCGGGAUGGAUCCAGAGCUCCUGUCACUGACUGGGCCCGAUGCCAUCUGGUCCGCGUGCCAUCUCGUGGCAUUGUGGUCCACAAUGACAUCACUUCCUCAGUGGUGUAUAACAUGCUGACUGAGGCGUUGAAAAACAAUGUCUUCAAUAUGUUUUCCUCAACGUUAUAUGGAGGAGGAACUGUGCUCUUCUCCGAUUCUUCCACCAUGUUUCUGAGGGCGGAGUCAGAGGACCCCAAGACAUGGAUGGGUCCACUCUACUAUAACGUUCUGAGCGCUAUGGACUGUAAACCUCAAGACAUCCCAACCAUGCUGCGGUGGUGCGUGUUGUCAUUUGGCGAGCAGCAGAAGUGCGCCGACAUGGCUGUGUCCUUCAGCUCUAGACAACUGACUCCAGAGAUCCAGUGUGUCUACGGAGAAUCUGUGACUGACUGUACGAAGAAAAUCCAGAAUAAGGAAGCUGAUGCCAUCACUCUGGAUGGAGGUUAUAUUUACAUGGCAGGUAAAGAUUACGGUUUGGUUCCGGCCACUGGAGAGAGCUACACAGCUGACAGUGUUGGGUCCAUCUACUAUGCUGUUGCUGUGGUGAAAAAGAGCAGCUAUGACAUCCGCUACCUUGAGGACCUGCGCGGACGUCGCUCUUGCCACACUGGAUAUGGUCGCACGGCUGGGUGGAACAUUCCCGUAUCGACCCUGAUAGAAAGAGGACUCAUUGCCCCCGAGGGGUGUCAAAUACCCGGAGCUGUUGCAGGGUUCUUUGAAGACAGCUGUGUACCUGGCGCCAAUCAAGCCGGGUUUCCCGGAAACCUGUGUGGUCUGUGUGUGGGAGACAGUUCUGGAAAUAACAAAUGUGAGAAAGGAAAGGACCUGUUCGACGGAUACGACGGUGCCUUCAGGUGUUUGGCAACAGGAAAAGGAGAUGUAGCUUUCGUCAAACACUCAACUGUCUUCCAAAACACUGAUGGGAACUCGAGUGAAUCAUGGGCAGUGGGUCUCCAGUCCAAGGAUUUCCAGUUGCUCUGUCUUCAAAGCAGCAAAGCCGAAGUCACACAGUACAAAGACUGUCACCUGGCGCGAGUCCCUUCCCACGCUGUCAUGGUACGACCCGACACCAACAUCCACGCCAUCUACGGACUCCUGCACCGUGCACAGACAUUUUUUGGCAGUGAUAUGGGUACAGAUUUUAAGAUGUUUGACUCACAAAACUAUGAGGGGACAGAUCUGAUUUUCAAAGACUCCACCAUUCGCCUCAAGGCUGUUGGAGACAGGAAGGCGUACCAGGAGUGGCUGGGUCAGGAAUACAUGGAAUCAUUGGUUAACAUGGAAUGUAACUCCUCCACAGCAGUGAUGUCGUCUGUGUGGCUGCUUCUGGUUGCGCUGCUGAGCUCCAUGUUGGUCAACCUCUGCAUUUAGAAGACGACGAGUCACAGCCGACCAACCUUUCUUUAAAAUCCAAAACACCCGCAUUUAUCUCUUCUAUCACUUGUGAUUACUUUCAACACUUGUUCAGUGUAAUCUUCAUAGUUUAGCCUUACAAAUCAGCUGAACUGAUAACAUUCUGUUGUCCUGGAAGACCGCCUUCAAUGCCUGACAGAUCUACCUGAUUGUAUGUUCUUUGGACAAACCAAUUGUUGGACAUCCGGUGGAUUUCCAAGGUCCUAAUCAUGAACCUGUAUUGAGACAAUCCGUCUUUGCUGUGGCACAGAUUGAUGCUUUGCUUGCAGGUUUAAAGGACUUUGAGCCCACAUCAGUCAGGUGAUGACGACACAGGGAGUUGCUGCAGCUUUGUUUACUGAGAGUGAGCUGCCAUAUCAGCGCAUAUGCUGCCACCUGUUACAUUUGUUCAGCAGGGGCAUGUGUCUCCAAAG